AUUUAGGUCUAGUUUUCUACCUCCACUUCCGUGUUUCUUAAUCAUAACAUUUAAGGUAGCAGGUUGAGUUAGAGGGUUUUUAUACAUCUGUAUUAAUGGUUUGUAGCCACUAAUGUGAAGCUAGGAAGAAUGAGUAGUGGGGAUUUGGUCACUUUGAACGUGGGAGGGAAGGUAUUCACAACAAGGCGCUCUACCCUCAAGCAGUUCCCUGCCUCUCGGUUGGCAGGCAUGGUAGAUGGCAGAGACCAGGAGUUCAAGAUAGUUGAUGGUCAGGUUUUUGUGGAUAGAGAUGGUGCUUUAUUUAGUUUCAUUUUAGACUUUUUAAGAAAUUGUGAGCUUUUAUUACCCUCUGAUUUUUCAGACUAUCAUAGGCUUCAGAGAGAGGCUCUUUUCUAUGGACUUGAUUCUCUUGCUGAUCUCUUAAGCCAACACCUGCUACAAUUAAGACCCACUCUCAUGGAGGUGCACUUCCUAAACCGAAAUACUCAAGCCUUCUUCAGAGUGUUUGGCUCUUGCAGCAAAACAAUGGAGAUGCUAACUAGGAGGAUUACUGUGUUUGUAGAGCAGCCUCCAGCACUGGCCAAGAACAGUAACUCCUUCCCUCCUCAGGUGGCUUUACUUUCACUGCCUCCACAAAGACCUUCUCACCAUGACCUGCUCUUCUACUGUGGCUCUGAUGGCACUACUGAGAACCGUGCUGGAAUCAGGUACAUUUCCAUAAAACCUGAUAACCGAAAAUUGGCCAAUGGAACUAAUGUCUUGGGCUUACUGGUCGACACUUUAUUAAAGGAAGGUUUUCAUCUGGUCAGCACUAGAACAUCAGCGUCUGGAGACAAAAGUGAAUGCUAUGUCUUUGAAAGGAUAAAAAGCCCUCAAGUCCUUGGGGUGAAUAAAACACCCAAACCAGAAACUACCACCAUGCCAGCGCCAUCUGAGAAGUGACACUGUUCUUAUUUGGAUAUUCCGUACUGGGGCUUGUAUGUCAGAUUUGUACUCAGUCUAACCUUGGGUCUUCUUCCCUACCUGUUUUCUUGCCUCUGGGCAACAAGGCUCCAGCAGUGCUUAACACCAUACCACCUGGUCUCUCAAAACAGUGCUGUACUUUGGGCUUUGGCAUUUGCUCCUUCACUGCCUUUCACCAUGUACUCUCAUAGCUUUUAAACAUGUGCUCUGGACUUGAACUGUAUCUAAUCCUAGUUUAGUCAUUUAUUAGCUAUGUAACUUAAUGCAUUUAACAUUUCUGUGUUUCAACUUUAUUAACUAGGGACAAAAAAAGUAUCUCCCUCUGAGGUUAUGAGGGUGGUAAAGUAGACAAAGUCCUCAUUAUGUUGCCUGGCAUGUGGCAGGCACUGUUACAGUUACAGUUGAGAUGUUUAGUCUAUUAUCAUCAUGGUGGGAUGCAUAGCAGUGUGUAGGCAGACAUGGUGCUGAAGAAGAAACUGAGAGUUCUACAUCUUGAUCCAAAGGCAACCGAAGGGGAUUGUGUGUCACACUGAGCAUAGGAGACCUCAAAGCCUGUGCCCAAUAAUACUUCCUCUAACAAGGCCACACCCCCUAAUAGGGCUUACUCCCUAUGGGCCAAGCAUUCAGACACAUGAGUCUAUCGGAGCCAUGUCUAUUAAAACCACCACAGUCCAACCCUCAUGCAUACAAAGUAUGUCCACAAUGACUAACUUGUACCCCCAGCAGCUGAUCUUUCUGUAAUGACUUAUAUGUCAUCACAAAACCAGGUUUUCCUCACUUAAACGUAAGUUCUUUGAAAAGUUUCUAGUGCACAUGCCUUUAAUCUCAGCACUUGCGAGGCAGAGGCAGGUCUGUGAGUUCCAGGCAAAAGUCCAGGACAACCAAAGCUACACAAAGAAACCCUGUCUCCAAAAACAAACAAACAAACAAACAAAAACACCAAAACCCCAAAAAGUCCAGGACAGCCAAAGCUACAGAGAAACCAUGUCUCAAUAAAACGAAAAAGAAAAAAAAGAAAAACAAAGUUUCUAAUGCUAUUAUACAUAAAUAUUGUGCUAAACUUAUCAUACAGUAUAUAAAUUUGUUGAAAACUUUGGAAUAACAUUUA